CAAUUGUUAAUAGUUUCUCAGCUCUUUCCUGCCUUAAAGGUUAGCUCCCUGUCAGUAACAGCUCCACCGCUAACUGUGGCUGUAGAGCACAUGGCUGCCUCUGGGCUGCCAGUGGUAAUGCAGGUGUGGUUCCAGCUCCUACCUGUACUCGCCCUCUUGUAAAUCCUCUUCACUAACAACUGUACAAAUCCUCCAUGCGAAAACAUCGACCCCGGUUCGUGUCAGAGGCGUGCUAUGGCUAACUGGGUAUCCUCUGGUUAGCCUGUUAGCCACAGAAACUAUUCAACAACAACAACAACAACAACAACAACAACCUACCGGAGAUACGGGAGAGCGUCGGCUGCCAGUGUUACUACAUCAGUUUCGCAACUUGACCUCGCAAGUGAAAUGACAUUGUUUGACACUUGGGAGGGGUUUGACAGGUUGUUGCUGUUGCUGUUAGCUACUUAGCAUAUGGGGCGGCUAACCCAGAGCUGGGAAUGGAAUAAAGUCGCAGCAGUGGUCUGUUUUCCUCUCUCUCCCAGGUCACGCCAGCGGCACCUUCAAAACUGAUGCGCGUUUACUCCUGGUGUUACGGGGGCGGCAUCGGGCGAACGUCACGUAAACAAAGCGGAGACAAGGGAAACAGUGUGGAAGGAUGCCGUGCAGGCUGUCUUUAAACUAAUUCAUCAGCCGUCUUUUGGGAUAAAAAAUGAAAUUGUACUGUCUGUCAGGUCACCCCACAUUGCCCUGCAAUGUCCUCAAGUUCAAAUCCACCACCAUCAUGCUGGACUGUGGGCUGGACACCACCUCUGUCCUCAACUUCCUGCCCCUGCCCCUGGUGCACAGCCCGAGACUCUCCAAGCUGCCGGGCUGGGUCUCCAAGGAUGGAAAUAUAAACUUGGAGAAGGAGCUGAAGGAAUGUGCAAAGCGGGUGUUUGUGGAUUCUCAGCCUGAGUUCUGUCUCCCUGAGAAAGAACUGCUGGAUCUAUCUAAUAUUGAUGUCAUCUUAAUUUCCAACUAUCACUGUAUGAUGGCGCUGCCCUACAUCACUGAACACACAGGCUUCACAGGAACAGUGUAUGCCACAGAACCCACUCUACAGAUUGGCAGACUCCUGAUGGAGGAGCUGGUAAACUUCAUGGAAAGAGUUCCCAAAUCCCAGUCUGCCACCUGCUGGAAAAACAAGGAAGUACAAAGGAUGCUCCCAGGUCCUCUGAAGGAUGCGGUGGACGUGUGGGCAUGGAAGCGAUGCUACAGUAUGCUGGAGGUGAACUCUGCCCUUAGUAAAGUGCAGCUUGUUGGCUAUUCACAGAAAGUGGAGCUGUUUGGAGCCGUACAGGUAUCCCCCUUAAGUUCUGGUUACUCGUUGGGCAGCUCUAACUGGAUCAUUCAGUCUCAUCAUGAGAAAGUGGCCUAUGUGUCCGGUUCAUCCCUCCUCACCACACAUCCACAGCCGAUGGACCAAAGCUCAUUGAAGAACAGUGAUGUUUUGAUUCUGACAGGCCUCACCCAGAUGCCCACCGCCAACCCAGACGGCAUGCUGGGAGAAUUCUGCAGCAACCUGGCCAUGACUAUUCGUGCUGGAGGCAACGUGCUGGUUCCCUGCUACUCCUCAGGAGUGAUUUACGACCUGCUGGAGUGUCUGUACCAGUUCAUCGAGAGUGCCAGCCUGGGCACCACACCCUUCUACUUCAUCUCACCCGUUGCCAACAGCUCCCUGGAGUUCUCUCAGAUCUUUGCCGAGUGGCUCUGUCACAACAAGCAAUCCAAGGUGUAUCUCCCAGAGCCUCCGUUCCCUCACGCUGAGCUGAUCCAAACCAAUAAGCUGAAACACUACCCCAGUAUUCACGGAGACUUCAGCAUCGAGUUCCGUCAGCCGUGUGUGGUUUUCACCGGCCAUCCCUCUCUGCGCUUCGGGGACGUGGUUCACUUCAUGGAGCUGUGGGGCAAGUCCAGCCUCAACACCAUCAUCUUUACGGAGCCAGACUUCUCCUACCUCGAUGCCCUGGCUCCCUACCAGCCGCUGGCCAUGAAGUGUGUUUACUGUCCCAUUGACACACGGCUCAACUUCCACCAAGUAUCCAAGCUGCUGAAAGAAGUCCAGCCGCUCCAUGUGGUGUGUCCAGAGCAGUACACCCAGCCUCCACUCACCCAGUCCCACCGCUCUGAUCUGAUGCUGGAGCUGCAGCCCCCCCCAAUGCCCUACAGACGCUGCUCCGUGCUCAACCUGCCCUUCAGACGGCGCUACGAGCGUGUCUACAUCCUUCCUGAGCUGGCCAACUCCCUGGUGCCCUCUGAGGUGAAGCCUGGCAUCUCCGUGGCAACCGUAUCUGCUGUGCUACACUCCAAAGACAACAAGCACACACUGCAGUCGGUGUCCAAACCCCCUCCAGCACCCCCCAGCAAAAAGAGAAAGCGAGUGAUGGAGGAGCCCCCUGUGGUGCAGGCCCCCAAACCCCUGCUGAGUGGAGCUGUGCCCCUUGAAGCUUUCCUGGCCACAUUACAAAAGCAUGGGAUCUCAGAGGUGAAAGUGGAGGAGACGGCCGACGGACACAUCCUGCACCUGCAGGCUGACGACACGCUGAUCCAGCUGGAGGCGGACGGGACGCACAUCGUUUGUGACAACAACGAGCCGCUGCGCACCACGCUCCGAGACCUGGUCCUGCGCUUCCUGCAGAAACUCUGACCCGACUCCUCUUCACAGCUUCUCUUCUCUGUUGGUUUUUAAACAGUGUUCCUGCUUUGUUGUUGGACUGUGGACAGCAACCGAAUCGUCAUGAGAGGAUGAGACUCUCACCUCAGUCAAAUUUAACAGUGUAACAAUUACAAUGGUCUCAUUGUAAAGUCCAGUUAAAUUUUGUAAAAUAGUAUUUUGUAUU